UGUGGGUUUCCAAGACAGCUGGUGAGAAUCUAGGAUAAUAUGAAACCUCUUCUGCAUCUCUUGACACAUCUGGCCCCAGCCCAGCACCUUCUGAUUCUAGAAGACUUUCCAUCUUACAGCUUCCCCUGCAGCCCCGCAGGCCUGCCUGGACAGCUGUGGCUUGCCGGCACUGAGGCCGCAAAGCUGCUGAUCAACCAGCGAGUAUGUGUUCCUUCCUUUUCCCCACUUCCUGCACAACCCGAGCUCCAGAUGCGACGCAGAGCAGGGUGGCACAGGCCGGGGUCUUGCAGCGCUCACUCUGAGCGCUGCUCCCAGUGGCCUAAGACCGGCGAGGCAGCAGCACCACCGCCAUUGGAGGAUGGAGGUGGGGGAUGUGGACUGAGAUCCAGAGUGGCCCCUGCGAGCUGUCUACAUGGCCAAACCCCCCAGCUGGCCAUCAGCAGGACCAGGAAAGGGGUAAGAGAUGGGGCAGUGUCUAAGGAACCUCAGAGGACUCAGCCAGGAACACUGGGAAGAAGCCUCAGCUGCCUGUGUCCUGGUGUAUUUCUGGUGAAUCAUUUUUGUUCUUGGAAUCCACUUCAGUGGCUGUUGUGUUUGCCUUUCCAACUUCAUCACACAUGUAAGCCCCAGUCCUGCGGAAUUCUGCAGCCCCAGGCCUCUAUGCUGCUGCGGCACCGAGGCUUCCCCGCCGACAGCCUCGAGGUCCCAGCUAUUGGUUAG